AUGUUCGCACCUCCCGCACCCUCCGCGACGUUAUUGGGCGACGGUCGCAUGAACGCAGGCCCUCCAGCUGGCUUUCGAAUGGUUCCUCACCACGGCAACUUCGACAGCGUCCCGCCGCCACACCAGCAACGGCCUAUGUCGAGUACGCCACUACCGCCGCCACCUGCUGGUCUCCCCGCAAGGCCACCUCAGUCAAAUGCCGGAUAUGAUCCGGGAGAAUACUGUGUUAUGUCUGCGGACUUUGUUGACGACGGCGCCGGCAACGUCAAGGGCAUCAACACAGUCUCAGUGGAAUGGACCCGGAAAGCCGACAGAGGAUGGGACAUGAAGAAGCUCGAGGGCAACGAGCGUUUCUUCCCCGCGGAGCUCGUCCUGCUGCCUAUGGAGUUCGUGGGCCCGGUCGAGCUGGAGUCUCUCCGUCAAAAUCAAGCAGUCAGAUCACUGUGUCCCGCACGCAAGUCUGCGAGACAGCCAGGAUACAUCGACAUUUCCAAGACGAAUCUCCCCGGCGACGAAGAUGAGCUGAUAGCUGAUGCCGGCCCGUCACGACACACCCGCGGAAGACGGCGAACACCAGGUCAAGAAGCCAGAUCACCGUGGAGCCCAUCUCGCCUGGCGGAAGUGGGAGUCCUGCGGCACGAUGGAUUCGUGGACGACCAACUCGCGAUGGGGUACGCUCUUCCCCAAAUCCGAGCGAAAGGCCAGAUCACUGCGGAUCCCAUCUCCCCUGGUGGGAGUGAGAGUUCUGAGGUGCGACAGCCGACGCCGGACCAUCACGACGCACCCGUGGAAGACGGCGAGUACCAGGUCAUGUGCGGGACCACCGUGGAGUCCAUGUCCUCAUGGAUGCGAGAGUUCUGA